AUCUGUAUAAGUUGAAAAACACAAUGGUUCAAACUACAUGUACAUUGUACAGUGUAUUUGAUUUAGCUAAAGUUCUGCAUUAUUAGUUUUUGGAUCAAAUUGUCUCUCUGAAUAUUUUAAAAUUUUGAACUAACUGGUACUGGUACCUUUAAAAAAAGUUUAUACCAAUAUGUGUGUAUAGAUUUAUGAUAUGGUUGAUGUAUACGCUGGUCAUUUAUUCAAAGGAGAAAUUGGAUCCCCUGAACCUAUUCAUGCUGUGUUAUUUGAAAUAAGCUAAUUCAGAUCGACAUAUAGAUCUGAAGCCAUUUUAAAAUUAGAAACUUGAUUGAUCUUGAGGUAAAUUUGUAUAGACUUUUAAAUGUGUAUUGAAAGUAAAAAAGCUUGAAAUGUGCAACUUCUAUUGUUUUUAACUUGAAUUAAAAUUUUAAUAGUUUUUAAAGGUAGAAAAGGUUACUUACAAUAUUAAUUAGUUACUUAUAUUUUUUUCACUAUGUCUUUUAUUGGUUGAAAAUAAUGUGGUUUGAUUGGAGGAUUGAACCUAAGUACAAAGUUGAAGAUAACUAUUAACAUGUUCAAGUACUCGCUCUGAUAUCACUGUACAACAUUCAUUCUUUUAAGAUUUCUCACCUGAGCAGUAUGAAAAAAUGUAGUACUGCAUGUACCGGUACAUAAUAUCUUGAAUGUAGUGCAUAUAUGUAUUAUAUAUAUCUUGUACGAUGUAGUACAUAUCAUCGUGAAUGUGCUUCUGGUAAGAUAAACAUUCAAGCUUGUAUCAUAUCGAUAUGAUAAAAAGGAGCAACCAAUAUAAACUUCCUUCCUUAAGAGGAAAAAAAAUAAUAUGCUUGCAUAUGCAUAUACCUGUUGUGUGCAAAUUUACAACUUUUCUUUUGUAUACAAAGUUCGUUUUUCAACUGCAGUGUAAACAAUAGAAUCAGACGAAGAGAGUUUAAAUUAAGGUAAUAAUAAAAUGUGAAGUGCAUCAAUAUAUGUUUACAUGUUUUAUGGUUUAAUGCAAUUUUAGUUUUAUAGAGGUAAUUUUAAUAGAGUUGUAUAACCAUCUACCGGUAAGAUGUACAUAUAUGUAUUUCAUUGCCAGUAAACAGUGUCCAAAUAUCUUACUACUAGUUGAAGAAAUAAAUGCAGUUAUUGAAAUAAUUCAGUGGGGAUAAAGGACUGAGGCAGUGCUAGUGUAGAAGUUAGAUGUUAUAAAGGCUCUUAAAGUUAAACAUUUUACCCUUCUAUUACCAUUUUAAUGUAUAUUCUGCAUGCAUUCUGUAUGUCUGCAUAGAUUCAUCAACCUAGCUACCAAUACAUGUAAGAAAAUGCAUAUGGACAAUGUUAUCAUAAGAAAAUGAUCUGAAUUUGUAUGCAACAGUCGCACAAUGGCCACUAGGCUGAUGCAUUGUUUAUAUGUAGAGUAAGUUGUAGUAGACAGAAUAUGUCCACUGCCCAGCAGUCACGUCUUUUUAAAUCGUGUCUACAAAAACCUGACAUGCAUUUUGAUAUCUUGCUAUGAGAUAUUCGUCAAUCCGUAUUAGCUUAUUGAUUUUCCUACAUUGUAAAAUAAAGCUUUGAUGAUGCUGUCAGUGUAAAUCUCAUUGCAUACUGCAGACGUUGUAGUAAAUAAAUGAUGACCUGAAGGCCCAAGCACGGACCCUCUGCUUUUCUUUUCACUUAUAAGGUCAGAGAUUUUGUGUAGAUUGCCAAAGACCAAUUCGUUCUUCAAUUCCGGAAUCAUGGACGGAGGUGUGAUAAUGUGGCCAUAAUGGAUGGUACGAGAGACUUGCAUGUACCAUUGCUUUUACUUGGCAGAGGAAAGAAGAGACUCAAUCCUUUAUCUGUGAUGUAACUUCGAUGAAUCUCUCAUGGCCUGCUGUAUUUAUAAAGAAGACACAGAAGCCAACAAGUUCAAUGUUGUUCAUUGAAGUUCUUUAUUCAUUGAAUUCAGGAACUCUGAGUUCAUAUUUUAAAAUAGUAUUUCAAUGGGAUCCGAGCCCCAAUAACGAAAGUGACUAGCACGGUGCUUAGGAAGGUAUUAUGGAAUCUGAUAUAUCAUUUUGGCCUUUUCACUAGUCCAUGUUUUAAUGAAUGAAUUAAUGAACCGCAGAUCCAGUUGAGAGAAAAAAAAAAUGCACAACGUUGACUGACACAACAGGUAUAAAUGAAUGCAAAGGAUUCCGAGAGCAAGGACCACUCUCCUUUGCGACGUAAAUCAAAAUAUGACAAAUUCCACAAGCUAUUUAAAACAGUGCCUGCUGAGGAAUACCCCUUAAAUGAUUAUUCAUGUGCCUAUAUCGGAGAUAUUCUGUUACAUGGGAGCAUAUACAUAUCACAGAACUGGAUUUGUUUUUAUUCUAAAAUCCGAGCCAGGGGAAGAAGGCUUCAGAUUCCACUGGAGAAGGUGAUCAGUAUUACGCGCGAGAAGACAGCAUUAGUGUUUCCAAAUGCCAUAGGUGUUCAGACUGCUGAGGAAAAGUACACCUUUGGGUCUUUUCUGAUGCGAGAUAAUGCGUACAAGUUUAUUAAUACUGUGUGGAAGAAGUCGCAGACUAUUAAAACCAUACAGAAUGAUCACAAGUUUGAUUUAUUGAAAGAAAAAACAGUCUUGAAUAAAUCUGUGUCAGCCCCUGCAUUCUCAAAUGGGACAUUAGAAAGUGACAAUCAAUUCCACGAGGAGGCGGUCGAAGAAGAAGAUGAAGAGGAAGAGGAGGAGGAGCAAGAAGAGGCGUGUCUCAGGAAAGAAAACGCCCAGGAGCGGGUCAACUGUGAUAGUGAUAGAGAAACCUUACAAAACACCUCAAGCUUCAAUCAAAACAACAAUUUAAUCACGUCCGAUUCGUCGGACGUGGGACCGUGCAAUCUGUGUGACAAUUCAAACGGUGAGAAACAGGACACUGCAAAGUUGUGUGAAAAUGGCAAACCCCCUACCUCAUCAGUCCGAAAAGACCCUGCUGCAGGGAAGGGACCAAUGAUUCGUGCUGUUAACAUUCCUUAUAUCUUUGAAUGUUUUGAAGUUCAGAAAAUGAUAGCUGCUUUUUCAGAAUUAAGUUCAAAGUUCCAAAAGAUACCAAGGACCAAUUUGUUGUUAGCUGUUUGUUCUGUUAUGAUCUUGUUUUUGAUGCUUUCUGCUGUUGCUCUUACGUACAAGAUUUUGGUGCUUCAAGCAAGAAUUGAUGGCAAGGAAUUCUGGACCCCAAUGGCAAAACAGAGCUGGAGGAACAACAUGUAUUCUAGUUUCUAUGAUCUGGAGGCCAGCUCACACGUGGCCACGAUACGACAGCUUCAUCAAGUCCUGGAGGCCAAUCUCCAUGUGUUAGAGGAGGUCUGUAUGGGUAUGAAUCUGAAAUCCUUGCAAGCAACCACAGGAAAACAAUUCAGCUGUCCAACCAAAGAAGAGGAUUGCAAAAACAGCAAAUUGUGAUAAUGUAUUUUGUGUAUGCAUGCAUAAUUAAAACACACCUGCUUUUGGCAUAUUCAACAAAGACGGUUGAGUGAAUGCAACAGCUCAGUAGCUGAUUGACAGCAAAGGGAAAUUUGGGAGAAGUUUCUCUCUCAAAGUUAAAACAAUCUGUAGAAAUUAACACCACAGUUUUUGAAUGGUCUUUGAAUGUUCUAUGCAUUUUAUGAAACACCGAUGCUUAGGACUGUACAUGUGAUGUGCUAUGUAUUUAUUUUACAUCAAUGGAAAAAUCUACUUACUUAAUUAGCAGGUUUGAUGUAUCCGUGAUGUUGAAGUGUUAUAUUGACCUUUUUGGCCAACAAGUCUGUGAUAAUUUAUUUUUUUAUCAACACAAAAAGGAUCACCUGCCAUUUUGAAUUUGUUUUGAUGUGUGCAAUUUGAUUUUUUAUCUGAAUGGAAAACUUUUCUUAUACUGUUUCUUUGACAUGUUGUUCAUCGAUACCUAUUCGAUCAACCAUACCGUUCAUUGUGUAUUAUUUAAGACUUCUUCAUUUUGAAUUUUCAGCUUAGCUGUUCCAAAUUGUUUUAUAAACGUCAUUUUUGCGUAAUGUGUUAUUGUAAAAUAAAACUAAACCCAGGAACUGAAAACCAAAGAAAACCAUUCCAUGCUGUCCAAAAAAAAAAAAGAAAUCAUUUUCUGAAAGAAAUCAUUUACAGAAAAUCAAUUUCUGUAAUAAACCAGUUUGUAAUGUUGCGUAAUUGAGUGGGCCGGUGUGUAUUUUUAUUUUAGAAAAAAUUUCAGUGACUGCUAAGUACAUUGUCUUUUGACAUCAAAUUAAAGUUUUGCUUAAACGAAACUAAAACUGAAUAGGAAUUAAAUGGAAAAUUGAAUGGAAUGAGGCAGAUGUUUUUCUAAUACAUGUACAUGUACCAAUUAAGUAAUAUUUAAAUGUAGUUUCAUGUUAAGAGUGAAUUUUCUUGGGAAAAAAUUAUUUAAACUUUAAUUUCUUAGGUACAGCAGCAUUAGGCUGAAUGCUUCCACAUUGAACAAUUUUAUUGGUAUUAAAAAAGGCUAUUGAAUAACAUGUACAAUGUAAGAAGAAGAAAGAUAACUCAUGCAAAAAAAUUAUUUUUGAAAUUUUUACAGUGAAACAUCUUAAAACCUGACUGUUUCGGAUAUUUACAUUACGCCUGUCAUGUCCAAACCAGUAAUAGGGGGAAUCCAUAAUGUUUGAGCUGGGAAUUACUUUUACUAAUCAUUGUAUACUAAGUUUGAGUGCCAUAAACUAACAAAAGCGAGCUAAAUGUGAUCUAUAAAAUUUAAGAUUUUAUUGCAUGUAGCUAUUUUCUUAUUUGAGAAUUAAAUUCAAUGUACCUGUAAAUGAAUAUUAUAAAGAUAAUUUCCCAUGCCCAAGAUAUCAUGGUGUUUAAGAAAAUCAGGGUGGGGGUACAGAGGAUUUGCAACAUACCGGUACAUGUCUUGUACAGGUAUUUAAUCUAUAAAUGAAAUGGUCAAGGUUUUCAAAUACAUGCAUGUUUAUUAACAUAUAUUGAUACAUUAACAUUUGUUUCUUUAACAAUGUUUUCAUAGUACAAUACCGGUAUUCUCUGCAGUAUCUUUCUUUUUUUUUCUUUUUUUAUCUGGAGAAAUGUCUGUAGAUACGAAUAUUCAUUGUUGUUUUUUUUUUAAGUUUACUUGAGCAUCCGUAUGAUGAUGUAGUGCCAAGAAAAGUGCUGUAUAUAUAUUUUUUUUCUUUUCUGUUUAAUUCCUGGCAGGUGUGUAAAAUUCUGUGAUACCUCCGAAAUGUAAAAAAAUUUCAAAUUUGUCUUUUAUUACCCAUAAAUUGCAUUAAUGGUUAGCAAAAGAAUCUGCUUUUAUGUAUCAAAAAUUAAGAAUAAUGUAAAUUAUAAAUGGUUGAGAGAAAGAGAGAGAGAGAGAGAGAGAGGAGAGCACGUACAAUCUCAAUGUUGUCACUCAAUCUAUGAUGCAUGCUUUCAGUUAAGAUUCUUAUUAAUGUUAUUGAUACAAAUGAUGCCAAAUUACAGUCCAUGUCAAGUUCGUUUCCUUAUAGGAACAUGAUAUUAACAUGUCACAAACCACGACACUUUUAUCUACGAUUUAUUUUUUUUAAACUAUCUUGUACAUUUAUUCAUGACUGCAUGUAAAGAACACCCCCCCCCCCCAACCACCCAUUCCCUCAUCCCCCACACACAUCAUCCAUCUCAAUGUGACAGCUUAAAUGUGAAUUAUGCAAUAUUGUUCAACCAGACAAUCAGCUAUUUUAUUUUGCUGUCUUUUUUAUUCAUAUCUGCAAUUAUACUACUAAAUUUUUUGGUCAGAAAUGUAGAAUAGGAAAAAUCGCAUCAAUUUCAUUCGUUACUGAAUCCUGUGGGGAAAAAGACUUUCUGAAUUGCAGAAAUUAAUGGGAAGAUUUUGAAAUUACCUGGUACCUUUAAUUUUAUUUAUCAUUUUGCAUGUACUUUCAAAAUCAGGAAGAAAAAUAAAAUGUUUUCAGGUGGUGGCGUUUUAACACUUGUAAUCGGAUUUUGACUAACAUGUGUUGGCCUAUUGGGUAUCUGGUUUUUUUUCCUCACUCUCUCCCCUCCUUCCCCCUUUUUUAAACAAUUUUUUAAUCUCUUUUGAAUUUGUUUUUGAUUGAUAUUUUGGACAUGCAUAUAUACAGUAUCCAUUUCAUUCCCAUUUUCUCAUUCCAGACAUUCUCUAGGGCAAAUGAUUCUGCGUUUUUGGCAGUGAUAUCAAUCAGUGAAUUUACUGUGAUCUUCUAGCUGUACUAUCAUAAAAGUUGUUUUGCUUGUUUAUAUGGUCUUGUGCUAGUAUGUUUGUCUAUAGAACUUAAGAUAUUAAAUAGUUCCUUUAUGAAAUAUAAUUGAGCCCUUUUAAAACUCUGAUGUAACUUCUUCUAAAAAAAUCUUUUCCCAGGCUGUUGAUGAUUUUAGUGAAAGAAUAAAUUUAAUUCACCUAAUUAAGCACUGUUGAAAUCAUUUGCUUGUGGAAGCUAGUACAUUGGUUGUUGAUAUCAUUUGUACACAUCGGUACACAUAGUUUCCUAAACUUUCGAAUACUGUAAAUGUAUUACAUUUGGCUGUGUAUUUUAUUUAGCGUUUUUGGUGGAAUGUGACAUCCGCUAAAUCAAGUACAUCUCUAAAUGCCAUGCAUAU